AUGGGUUUGUUGACGAUCUUGAAGAAGAUGAAACACAAAGAGCGUGAAAAGCAACGUGAAGUGCUUUGCACUUCAACACCUGCUCCACUCUCGUUCUCAGUGGGACUCUGGAACUGCCAGUCUGCUGUGAACAAAGCUGCCUUCAUUCCGGCUUUCGCCACGCAGUCCACCCUCAGCAUCCUGGCACUGACAGAGACAUGGAUACGUCCUGAGGAUACAGCAACACCUGCUGCUCUCUCUAACAACUUCUCCUUCUCCCACACCCCUCGACAUACUGGUCAGCUGACAAGCUUUCUUGAGGAAUUGGAUGUCCUGCUGUCCUCCUUGCCAGAGGAUGGCAGGCCACUUGUGGUUCUUGGUGAUUUCAACAUACACCAGGACAAACCCCAGGCCAUUGAACUGAAUACUCUUCUGGCCUCAUUUGACUUGGAAAGACUACACACCACAGCAACUCACAGACCAGCACGGACUACACCACCCAGCCCCUGGCUGUCUGACAUCCUUCGUGAACAUCGGACUGUUCUCAGGGCAGCUGAGAGGAGAUGGCGGAAAUCUAAAGAUCCAGCUGAUCUAGCCCAACGACACCACAGUGACCGUUCGAAUCGCUGCCUGUCUGGCAGACAUCUCGGCCUGGAUGAAGGAACACCACCUUCAACUCAACCCUGCCAAGACAGAACUCCUUGUCUUUCCAGCCAACCCUGCUGUUGAACACAACAUCACCGUGCAGCUGGGUCCAACUAC